AUGGCCGCGACUCCCCCGCGCGCGCCGACCCCGUCAUCGGACGACCGCGGCGCCACGUCGUCCAGCUCCACCUCCAAGGACGAGGCCGCCGCCUUCGUCGACGUCGAGAAGGCCUCCGCGCUCUUCACGCUUCCGCCGCUCCCCGCCGCCCCCACGCCGGAACACUUCCGCGACAUCGCCUUUCUCGGCCCCAUCACCCUGCACCGCCUCGCCGUCCUCUUCUGGAUCGUCGGCACCGGCGUCCUCUUCUUCUUCCUGCAGGAAUGGAUCUGGCCCGACUUUGAAAACCGCAACACCCGCGGCUGGCCCGGGCUGCCCUACCUCGGCGUCAUCUGGCUCGUCUCCCUGCCCACCUCCGUCGCCACCCUCUUCGGCUCCCUCUGGUUCCGCUACAACACCCGCCUCGACCGCGUCCCCCGCACCGCACACCCCGUCGCCUUCCGCAUCGUCUCGCGCGGCACCAAUAGGCAGUGCCUGCUCGAGACCGUCAAGCGCUGCCAAGACGAGAUGCGUCGCACCCCGCUCUUCCCCUACCUCAUCGAGAUCGUCACCGACGGCAACGUCUUCGACGCCCCGCCGGACCCAGACGUCAUCCAACUCAAGGUCCCCAUCGACUACACCACCCCCAACGGCACUCUCUUCAAGGCCCGCGCCCUUCACUAUGCCUGCGAGCACUCCGUCGUCCCCGCCCACACCUGGCUCGUCCACCUCGACGAGGAGACCCAGCCCACCUCCAGCGGCAUCAAGGGCAUCGCCGACAUGAUCGCCCACUGCGAGCGCGUCGGCGACCUCACCGCCAUCGGCCAGGGUAGCAUCCUCUACAACCGCGCCUUCCACACCCACCCGUUUCUCACCCUCGCCGACAUGCGUCGCACCGGCGACGACUUUGGCCAGUUCUUCCUCCAGCAUCGCCUGGGCGUCACCCUGUUCGGCCUGCACGGCGCCUACAUCGUCUGUCGCCAGGACGCCGAGGCCGCCAUCGGCUUCGACCUGGGCCCGGCCGGCAGCAUCACCGAGGACGCGUGGUGGGUCCUCCUCGCCAUGAAGCACGGCUACCGCACCCGCUGGGUCGACGGCUACCUCGAGGAGCAGUCCACCCAGAGCCUCAUGGACCUGCUCAAGCAGCGCCGCCGCUGGUACUACGGGCUGAGCAAGGUCAUCACGCAGUGCCCCGUCCCGUUCCGCUACCGCGCCAUCAUGUUCUUCACCACCAGCACCUGGCUCAUCAUCCCGCUCCUCCUCCCGCUCCAGCUCGCCCUCCUGGUCGUGAUGUUCGUCCUGCAGCAGGGGGCCCCCCUCUGGAUCCGCAUCCUCACAAAUUUUAUCGUCUCCAUCGCCAUGCUCGUCUACCUGAGCGGCCUCGUCGCAAACAUGGUCGAGCACCGCAUGCGUUGGUGGAAGAUGCCCUUCUGGACCGCGGCCAUGCUCAUCGUGCUGCCCCUCUGCAUGGGCAUAGAAGUCGUGAGUGUCGUGAUGGCGUUCUUCGCGCCGUGCUCAGAGGGCGGCAAAGGCUUCCACGUCGUGCAAAAGUCCGCGCACAUGGAGGAAGAGGAAGAGGAAGAUGAGGAGGCAGCGAUGAAGGACCAGGCGGUGGAGGAGCAAGCGGUGGAGGUGCAAUCGGUGGAAGAUAAGGUAUGA